AUGGACGAAGAAGGAAAGUUGACACCAGCCAGAGGCAUUCUCGCUGGUAUGAUCGCAGGUUGCGUGGAGAGCAUCGUCGCAGUAACCCCUACGGAACGUGUCAAGACUGCACUUAUCGAUGACGCGAAUUCAAGCCCAAGAAAGUACAAAGGCGGCAUCCAUGCAUUAUCCUCAAUGUUGAAGCAGCACGGCAUCAGCGAGGUGUACCGCGGGCUCAUAUCCACCACACUGAAGCAGUCGACCACUUCGGCCGUGCGAAUGGGCUCGUACAACGUCCUGAGAGAACUCUCAAAGCGAUAUAAGCUGCCAGACAACAGUAUGGUGACAUUCGGCUCGGGGGCCAUCGCCGGAAUCAUCACCGUCUACGCUACGCAGCCGUUCGAUACCAUCAAGACCAAGGCGCAGUCUGCUCGCGGCGCCAGCCUAGUGGAGGCUUUCCGAAUGGUUCUGUCGGAAAGAGGAGUUCGAGGGUUCUGGAGUGGAAGCACAAUGAGGCUUGGGCGUCUGGUUUUGAGUGGCGGGAUUGUUUUCACUGUUUAUGAGAACGUAGCGCAUCUUCUACGAAAUUCUGCCGAGUAG